UAAUCAAUAUGCCAGCCCUGGCCUCGUGUCUCUGUAGGCAGGACUGGGCAGUGUCGCUCUGUAACUGAUUAAAAGACGGGCGAGACACAGACGAGGCGACAGCUUGCACACCGACGUCUGCUUUGAUUUCGACGCUGUAACUUUUUGUGGCCAUGAGUCCUCGACUGAGAUGGCUCCUCCUCUGCAUGCUGUUGCUUUCAGACCACCUCUGCCGGCCACUCAGCGCGUCUCCACCGGUCAGACGAUCAGCUGCUGUGGGAGAAAACUCUGCCAACUUGUCUGGCACUGCCAAUCUGAUUCAGCAGACCAGCGAGCACCUCAAGAGGCAGGCAGCUCAGAGGAUCGCCAGCCUGAGCACCCAACUGCAGACCACAAAGUCCAGUCUAGCGGACCUCAACGAGAGUGUCACAUGCCAGGAAUUGGCCAAUGAGCCCUUUGGGAACUCCUCCAAGUGGCCCAUCUUUGCCCGGGACCUGGUAUCGGUGGCAUUGGUGCCCUUGCUUGGUGCCCUAGGGUGCCUUCAGGAAGCCGAGAUGCUGCUCCUGAGGCUCUAUGAGGACUUGGGGGUCUCUGAUGCUGAAGAGGUGCUGCUCCAAGUCCAAGAGCUCAUAGAGGGCAAAUGGGGUAAAGUUGUGCCCGCUGCUCCACACCCAGACCCCCGACAGAAGCACCAACUGAAUGCCCUAGUCUUUAACAUUGAGCAGAUUGCCUCUCAGUUUCCACAGGACUUAACAAGUAAUGAGAUCCAGGAUGGCAUCAGCUGGACAGACAAGGAAUGUCAGGGGUGGGUGCAGGUGAAUGGCACACGACUGGUGGGCAGUGCCAUGCAGGAGCAUCAGUUGCUGGCAAGUGCGAUCCAGGAGUGUGAGAGCCUGGGCCCUCAGUGUGCCGGAGUGCGCGGCAGUGCCACUCGUGGGCUGUUCCAUGCUGUCUAUAGAAAAGGAAGCUGUAUUGUGCCCGAGGUGGGCACGAAGUCCUGGAUACUGGAGUGCCAAGAUAUGAUGCGGCACACACUUGUCAAGAGAAGCCUACAGAGCGAGUGCAUCGACCAGACGGAGGAGAAGGUCUCCAGGGUGGUGGAGUGGAUCCCGGCCGUCAGCACACUCUACAACCUGGGCACUGCCGUUUACUAUGCAGCUGCCCAGUGCACCGAAGUCGCCAAGGAGCGGGCGAUUCUCCUGGCUGUGGAUGUGGGAACCGAUGCCUUAAUGGCCAUCACUGGGGGCACGGCGGGCAUAGCAGGGUAUGCUGUGGGGGCUGGCGUCAAAACUAGCAUCAAGGCUGGCAUUAAGUAUCUGAUGAAUAUGAUGAAGCAGGAUGAAGAUCUGGUGUUUGAGGAGCAGGACUGGUCAGCAGUGGUCAUUGAGUGACCAGCCAGUGGUGGUCAUGGAGUGGCCAGUUAGUCAGAGUCAUUAAGGGACAAGUGGCUUCAUAGUCGUGGCCAACCUCACUGAAUCACCACUCAUAGUCACUGAGUGACCGAUGGCUAUCAUCACUAAGUGAAAAGACAGUCAUAGCUAUUGAGUGACAAAUAACCAUUGUCACUGAGUGACCAACUAAUCAAAGUCAUCGAGCAAACACAUAGUCUGAAUUAUUGAGGGACAGAUGGCUGUCAUCACUGAGUGACCAAAUAGCUUUAGUUAUUGAGUGACCAUAAUCAUUAACAGUAAUGAACCAGAUAGUCACGAGGGCCACCAUCUAAUGAGUGUCCAGAUCAUCAUUGUCAUUGAGUGAUCGAUGGCCAGAGCCACUUAGUGACCAGUUACUUGUAGCCAUUGAAUGAUUAAUAGGCAUUGUAAUUAAGUAAAUAUUGUCUGUCGUGACUAAAUGACCAAAUAGUCAUAACCACUAAGUGACCAUGAUCAAUAACUCUACAUAACUAGACAGUCAUAGUCAUUGAGUGACCAAUGACCAUAGCCACUGAGUGACCAGUUAGUCAAACUUAUUGAGUGACCAAUAGUAAUUAAUACCAGUUGACCAGAUAUUCAUAGUUAUUAAGUGACCAAUGACCAUUGCUAUUGAGUGACCAGUGAGUUAAAGCCAUUAAGUGACCAAUGGUCAUCAUCCCCGAGUGACUUAAUAAAUUGACCAGUAGCCAUCAUCACUGAGUGACCAGAUAAUCAUAGUCAUUGAGUGACCAAUAGCCAUUCCUAUUGAGUGACCAUUGAGUCAAAGUCAUUAAAUGACCAGUAGACAUCAUCCCAUGAAUGACUAAAUAGAGUGACCAGUAGCCAUCGUCCCUGGGUGACAAAUGGCCUUUGUCCCUGAGUGACCAGUAGCCAUCAUCCCUGAGUGACUAAAUAGAGUGACCAGUAGCCAUCGUCCCUGGGUGACCAAUUACCAUUGUCCCUGAGUGACUAAAUAGAGUGACCAGUAGCCAUCAUCCCUGGGUGACAAAUAGCCAUUGUCCCUGAGUGACUAAAUAGAGUGACCAGUAGCCAUCAUCGCUGAGUGACUAAAUAGAGUGACCAGUAGCCAUCAACACUGGGUGACCAAUUGCCAUUGUCCCUGAGUGACUAAAUAGAGUGACCUGUAGCCAUCGUCCCUGGGUGACCAAUGGCCAUUGUCCCUGAGUGACUAAAUAGAGUGACCAGUAAAUAUUGUCCCUGAGUGACUAAAUAGAGUGACCAGUAGCCAUCAUCCCUGAGUGACUAAAUAGAGUGACCAGUAGCCAUCGUCCCUGGGUGACCAAUUGCCAUUGUCCCUGAGUGACUAAAUAGAGUGACCAGUAGCCAUCAUCCCUGGGUGACCAAUGGCCAUUGUCCCUGAGUGACUAAAUAGAGUGACCAGUAAAUAUUGUCCCUGAGUGACUAAUUAGAGUGACCAGUAGCCAUCAGCACUGGGUGACCAAUAGCCAUCGACCCUGAGUGACCAAUGACCAUUGUCCCUGAGUGACUAAACAGAGUGACCAGUAGCCAUCAGCAUUGGGUGACCAAUAGCCAUCGACCCUGAGUGACUAAAUAGAGUGACCAGUAGCCAUCAUCCCUGGGUGACCAAUGGCCAUUGUCCCUGAGUGACUAAAUAGAGUGACCAGUAAAUAUUGUCCCUGAGUGACUAAUUAGAGUGACCAGUAGCCAUCAGCACUGGGUGACCAAUAGCCAUCGACCCUGAGUGACCAAUGACCAUUGUCCCUGAGUGACUAAACAGAGUGACCAGUAGCCAUCAGCACUGGGUGACCAAUAGCCAUCGACCCUGAGUGACUAAAUAGAGUGACCAGUAGCCAUCAGCAAUGGGUGACCAAUAGCCAUCGACCCUGAGUGAUCAAUGACCAUUGUCCCUGAGUGACUAAAUAGAGUGACCAGUAGCCAUCGACCCUGAGUGACCAAUGGCCAUUGUCCCUGAGUGACUAAAUAGAGUGACCAGUAGCCAUUGUCCCUGGGUGACCAAUGGCCAUUGUCCCUGAGUGACUAAAUAGAGUGACCAGUAGCCAUCAUCCCUGGGUGACCAAUAGCCAUUGUCCCUGAGUGACUAAAUAGAGUGACCAGUAGCCAUCAGCACUGGGUGACCAAUAGCCAUCGACCCUGAGUGACCAAUAGCCAUUGUCCCUGAGUGACUAAAUAGAGUGACCAGUAGCCAUCGUCCCUGGGUGACCAAUUGCCAUUGUCCCUGAGUGACUAAAUAGAGUGACCAGUAGCCAUCAUCCCUGGGUGACCAAUAGCCAUUGUCCCUGAGUGACUAAAUAGAGUGACCAGUAGCCAUCGUCCCUGGGUGACCAAUUGCCAUUGUCCCUGAGUGACUAAAUAGAGUGACCAGUAGCCAUCGUCCCUGGGUGACCAAUGGUCAUUGUCCCUGAGUGACUAAAUAGAGUGACCAGUAGAUAUUGUCCCUAAGUGACUAAAUAGAGUGACCAGUAGCCAUCAGCACUGGGUGACCAAUAGCCAUCGGCCCUGAGUGACCAAUGACCAUUGUCCCUUAUUGACUAAAUAGAGUGACCUGUAGCCAUCAGCACUGGGUGACCAAUAGCCAUUGGCCCUGAGUGACCAAUGGCCAUUGUCCCUGAGUGACCUGCCAUAGCCCCAUGUAAUGUCGUUCUCGCCUGCUCAUUUGUUUUAGUUGUACUUUUAGAGUCAAGCUGAUCAAGUGGCAGUCAGCAGAGAGCCCUGAUGGACUUGGUGUGAUGACCCUAAGGUCCACCUCAUUGUCCAUAUCCCAGAUGUCCAGCUUCAGCUUAACACUUAGGAGUUUAUUAGGAGAAGCCAAUAGAAGGGCACACGGUCUUGUGACCCUUCCCUGAACUGUGCACCCGGACCACCCCUGGACAGUUUUAUGGUCAGGUGUCAUUUACCUCCGCUUUGCAUUUUCUUCUAACCUGCUUGGUUGUUUUGUGGCUUUCUUUGUAACCUUUGAUGCUAAACAUUGUGAAAGGCGCUAUAUAAAAUAAAGGCUGAAUAAUAACCUAAA